AGUUGAACCGCGGAUAGACCGCCUCCUCGUCUCCGCUCUCCCUCUUCUCCGCUCUUUUUAUCGCCAAACAGUCUCUUGCCAAAUGCACGCUUGUGGUAAAACUGGACGGGCUGGCAUUAGAGUCUGAAACCUCGUGGAAAUAUGUCUCAUUCGUUUAAGUGGAAUUAACGGCGGCUCUUCUAUACUAUCGGGAGUGGUUGAAGAAAUCGUUUUACGCGGAGGGAAAGACGCGCAGGAUAGUUUUCUUAUAGGCCUAUAGGCGAUGGGAUUAAGAACAUCGGAGAAAAGUUGUGUUUUUGUGAAGAGCAUAUCGUUGCCUUCCUGGAUCCGUAACAUGGAAAGAUAAAGUGUGUUUUGCAGAGAAGCUUCAGGAGACGCAGCCUACUUGGUACCGCCAAACCCAGGAGAGGAGAUGCACACGGCCUGGAUACUUUUAAUUCUGGUAGAAGAGGGAUUUGCUCUGGCACAGAGAACUAAAGAGUCUCUGAGUGAUGAGGGCCCCCCUCAGAGUCCUAAUGACUGCGGUACCUGGGUCCGCAACAUCAAUGGGGGAGUUUUCACCUCUCCCAACUAUCCUGGCACCUACCCCGCAAACAAGGAAUGCACCUACAUCCUUGAAGCGCUCCCCAGACAAAGAGUCCAGCUGGCUUUCGAUAAGAACUAUUACAUCGAGCCCUCCUUCGAGUGCCGCUUCGACCACAUCGAGGUCCGGGACGGGCCGUUCGGCUUCUCUCCACUCAUCGACCGCUUCUGCGGGCAGAAGAACCCAGGCCUGGUCACCUCCACAGGCCGUUUCAUGUGGAUCAAGUUCACCAGCGAUGAGGAGCUGGAGGGGCUUGGCUUCCGCAUCAAAUACACAUUUAUAGCAGACCCUGAUUUCCAUCUGCACGUGGGAGGACUGUUAAAUCCAAUACCAGAUUGCCAGUUUGAGAUUGGGGGUUAUGAUGGCAUUAUCCGCUCCAGUCAGGUCGAAGAGGAGGACAAGAUAAAGGCUGGCGAUGCUGUGGACUGCAUCUGGACUAUCCGCGCCCCACCUCGGUCCAAGAUCUAUCUGCGCUUCAUGGACUACCAGAUGGAACACUCCAACGAGUGCAAGAAGAACUUUGUGGCGGUGUACGACGGGAGCAGCGCCAUAGAGAACCUGAAGGCCAAGUUCUGCAGCACCGUGGCCAACGACGUCAUGCUCGACAACGGCGUGGGAGUGAUCAGGAUGUGGGCGGACGAGAAGAGUCGUCUCAGCCGCUUCCGAAUGCUCUUCACCUCGUUUGUAGACCCCCCCUGCUCCAGCAAUACGUUCUUCUGCCACAGCAACAUGUGCAUCAACAACUCGCUGGUGUGCAACGGGGUUCAGAAUUGUGUCUACCCCUGGGAUGAAAACCACUGUAAAGAAAAAAGGUCUAAGGGUCUGUUCCACCAGAUCACUAAGACCCAUGGCACAGUGAUUGGUGUGUCUUCUGGAGUGGUUUUGGUUCUGUUAAUCAUCUCCAUCCUGGUCCAGAUGAAACAGCCCAGGAAGAAGGUGGUGGCCCGCCGGCCGGUCUUCAACAAGGCGGGCUUCCAGGAAGUGUUCGACCCUCCCCACUAUGAGCUCUUCUCCCUGCGUGACAAGGAGAUCUCUUCCGAUCUGGCGGACCUAUCAGAGGAGCUGGAGAGCUACCAUAAGCUGCGGCGCUCGUCCACCAUGUCGCGCUGUGUCCACGAGCACCACUGCGGCUCGCAGGCCUCCGCCGGAGGCAGCAUCAAACACAGCCGCACCACCCUCAGCUCCAUGGAGCUGUCCUACCACAACGACUUCUCCAAGCCCCCGCCCAUGAAAACCUUCAACAGCACCAGCAGCUACAAGAAGGGCUGCUACGGCUAUAAACAGACUCACGACUGUGCCGAGCAGGUGAUCGAGGACCGCGUCAUGGAGGAGAUCCCCUGCGAGAUCUACGUCCGCGGCGGAGCCGGGGGAGGAGUCGGGAGCGGAGUGGGAGGGGCGAGCGGCAUUGCCGGGGGACACUGCGGGACCCUCAGCGUCCGCGGCAACGGUGCCCGUAACAACACCAGCGUGGUCGACCCCCAGCAGCGUUCCAUGUCAAUGGACUUCUAGUGGAGAUGAGAAGAUUGGGGGAGACACAACCUCCCACCUUGCCUCACACUCAUUCAGUAUGUCCUCCAAUCAGAUAGGAAGGACUCUCGCAUGCAGGUGUCUCUGAUUUGCUCUGAAGAACAGGACACUACCACUCAGAGAAGGGCCAACACAAUAGACAUUCUUAUCUAGAGUUUUUACAUCCAUUUACACGUAAUGCACAGAUAUAAUAAUGCUUCUACUUAUAAUAACUUAUUUGAAUCUUAAUUUCUGUCUCUUGUACUGUGUAUUAAAACAAUUGUCAAUUUCCAUGCUGUUGCUUGGCUUUUAACUCCUUCAUUUUGCAUAGUUUGAUUUUAGUAAAGAUGAAGCCUAGAUGAUGACGUGAUGCUGAUGAUGAGGCAAAGCAGGCUUAGUAGAGAGAGCUCCACAAAACAGUUUGUCUUGAGGAGGAAACACUGAGAGAAAAAGAGAUUGAUUUGCUGUAUGUGUUCUCUUAAACACCCUGCAAUUUGAUGUCCAUUUAGAUCAUUUUUAAACCAUAACUAAAUGAUAUGGACUCAAUAGGAACUGUCAUGAGGACAAUCAAAGAUAACACAAAACAUCUCAUGUCCAGAGAAGAAUAAGGGAAUGUAAAAUACUUAAAUAACAAUAUUUAACUGAUGGGAAAAGUAAACUACUAUAUAACCAAUAGGUUGAAUAUAGUAAUACCUUAAAGUGGUAUGAAUAAGCUUAUGCUUGAAUCCAAAAUAAAUGAGACCAAUUCCAAGCACUUCUGAUAUCCAUAUCCUAUUAUAUAUCUGACCAGUCAGUUUUAUAAAUGAAAGAUCGUCGUAAAAAGACGGUUGGCAAGUUGCAAUAGUUACCUGAGACUGUUCAUCAGUUUGGAUAAAAUGAAUUAUGUGUUUCACGUGAAAUCCAGUGUAUAAACAAGCACAACCUGUUUCUUGAGAGACAGAGACAGACAACACGCCAUACUUCUAUU